UAAGUUUGGGUGGAGUAAAGAUAAGAUAAAGUUUAGCGUUUGAAUCUACAGCUUGUGAAAAAAAUAUUAUUACGCUGGUGCAUUUAAGGAUAUUUGCAAAUUUCGAGCUUUUAUAGAUAUUUAAAAAAAAAUAUCCUUAUUGUAUCAUUUCGUUUUACAAUUUCCACACUUAACCUUUUGUAGUUAUUACAAAACUAAUGAAUUGAGGGCUCUAAAUAACAAUCCAUAUUGAUAAAAGCCUUGGUGAUGAUAUAUAUUUGUUCUGAAAAUUGAUAUGAAAUGAAGCUUAUUAUUACAUUCCUACUUCUAAUAAUUACAUUAGCAAUUUUAAAAAAAACGAACUGUUCCCCAGUAAACCGUGAAGUUGUAGUAACAAAAACAGAACAACCAUUAUUUGACGACGAUGAAGAUUUUUCGGGCGAAAGCGAAUCAGAUACUGGAGAUGAGCAGCUAAUGCACGAAGAUUAUACUGCCAGCUCCAAAUCAACUGAGGAGGAAAAAACAAAUGAUAUAUGGAAAAUUAAUUUCAACAAAACAAUUAAAGGAGAUUUUAUUGAAGGCGAUAUUAAAUUAAGCAUUCAGCAGGCAUUAGAGAUUAAAGUUGAUACGAUUCUACCACCAUCUGGACGAGCAAAACGGGCAGCUAGGAGCAAAAACCCUUCCCCACUUUGGAAGCAUAAUACUAUUUAUUACAAAAUUGAUAACAAUUUCUCAAAAUCAGAAAAACAGGAAAUUAAGUUGGGAAUAAAACACUGGAGAAAAACAAUGAGAAAUUGCCUAAAGUUUGUACGUCUUGGAAAAAACGUCGAAGAAGAAAACAUAAUAAAAAAAGAAAAAUUUAAAGGCGGACCCAUAGAGCACAUACUCUUUACAAAAACACCAGGAUGCUGGUCACAUGUUGGUCGUACUGAUUCUGAUGUAAAAGAAGGUUUUAUCAUUGGACAACAAAUUAUUUCUAUAGGAGAGGGAUGUGGUGAGCGAGGCACAGUUAUUCAUGAGAUAGGACAUGCUGUUGGUUUUUGGCAUGAACAAUCAAGACGUGAUAGAAAUGCAUAUGUUCGUAUAAUCGAAUCAAACAUUAUUCCAGAUCAAAAAACUCAAUUCAAAAGAAUGGCUCUACAUGACGUCGACAGCAUGAAAUACGCUUACGAUUUCUGGAGUAUAAUGCAUUAUGGACCUAAAUAUUUUUCUAAAAAUGGUCGGCCUACCAUUAAAAUUCAUAAAAACUACAGACAUUUACAACCAACUAUUGGACAAAGAAAAGGACUUUCAUAUCUUGAUAUAGCCCAAGUUAGAGCUAUGUAUAAAUGUAACGUAAUUCCGAGUCCAGAAAGUAAAAAAUGCUUUUCAAGUAAACUCAAAGGAAGAGAUUACAGGGGAAAUUUAGAUUACACAGAAUCAGGUGUAAUGUGCCAACCAUGGAACAAACAAUAUCCUCACCAGCAUACUUAUAGUUUAAAAAACCCAAAUGAUGGACUUGGAAAACAUAAUUAUUGUAGAAAUCCAGACGGAGAAAAAGAGAGGCCCUGGUGCUAUACAACUUUAGGAAAAGAAGCUAAAAAAGACUGGGAAUAUUGCGAUAUAAAAAUAUGCGAUAGUUAAUUAGUAACCGUAUAAAGAACAAUGCAUUAGGUUUGCACUGAAAUCUUUAAAAGAUUUACUAGGUUACCGCAGAAAUUAUCUUCCCGCCUUUUUAAUGGUUAUUUUAGUCUGGAAACUAAACCAUACGACUGAAAGGCGCAUUAAAAGCUAUAUUGAGAAAAAAAAAACACAUCUAGAGAUUUCAAGAAGAAAUAUUUGUCAUUAUUUAUUUAGAAAAAGAUGUUUUUUAUAUUGCA